CUUUCCGAUGCCUCGCGUCGCCCGUCAUCAUGUGGUCAAGUAUGAGGCAUGGUUCGCCUCGUUCCUUUAUGCUCUCACUCACCCAACUCACUCUCCAUCUCUUGUGCAGUCGCUGAGCCUCAUUUGUGUGUUGUUGUUGUUGUUGUCUCUCACUCUCUCCCACUCACUCACACACAUUCUCUCUCUCCAGCACCGGUUGCUCGAGGAGAUCCCUGGAAUUGGAUCGUGAGACAAGACAGGCGUAACUCGACGAGUUCGUCUCUGAGAUUACUCGAGUUCCCGGUUGAAGCCUAGAGUUGUCUGGUCAAAGUCAACAUAGUGAUUGACAACAACAAACAUCAACGGCUCCGGACUCUGCUCCGACAGCAGUCAGACAGACACCCUCAUCAACGAACACAAUUUCACAACUCCCAACCCCCAGUCCCCCCCCCCCCCCCCACCGUCCUCCAUGUCGUCGCUAAAGAGACUCCUCAACGAGGAGGAUGACGAGCUCCACUACCCCGAUCUGUCUUCCAUGUCCCCGUACGGCUCCGUCCCGCCAUCGUACCAGGGCGACCAGGAGUACACCGGCUUCCACCCGCGCCAGACCCUGUUCCAGAGCCCCGACGCGCCCCAGGAGACGCCCGUGUUGGAAGACCUGGACUCCAUGGACGACGUCUUCAGCAACAUCCUUUUCCACUACACUGCCGGCCCCCAGCUGGGCGCCAUCGACUUCGGAGACGAGGCCGAGGCGCCGCCUUUUGACUUUGAAAACGCCCUCGAGACAUGGGGCAGGAACACCGCCGCCGUGUCCCCCGAGGCCUCGUACACGUAUAGCACCCCCCAGCCGUCCCCCGGAGCGUCAUCGCAAGACUCCCUGCGCGUGACGCACUCGCCCUCGCUCAUACCCGAGUCCAGUGUCACCGGUUCCGACUACUACUUGUCUCCACGAGAUGAUGAGACGGACAAGGUCUGCUACGGCAUGCUCUAUAAUGUAGACGUCAAGUUGAUAGGCGACAUGGGCGUUAUCGACACCAAGAUCCGCAACACCCACCACAAGGAAUCGAUGCGCGCCCCCGGUCGCCCCGUCUACCAGCGCUUCACUCUCAGCGAGCAACAGGAACACGUCCUUCUCGCCUUUCGGGGGUCCGACGGCGGCGGCGGCGGCAGCAGCAGCAGCAACGACGACGGCGACGAGGCUACCGAGUUCGGUUACCUCCGCUCCGGGCCCGGCAAGACCCUCGGCGAGCUCCUGCGCGGCGGCGGUGAUGACGGCCUCGAGUUCGAGCCCAUUGCCCAGACGACCGCCCUGCGCGAUACCAUCGGCCGCGCCAAGAAGCCCGUCGAGGCCAUGGUCAAGGUCGACAUCAACGUCUACGGCCCACGCGCCGCGGCGGCCAAGGUCGGCGGCAAGCUGUCGGAUGGGAAGCUGUGGCUGCAGAAGCCGGACCACGCGCGCGCCGGGUUCCCCUACGAGAACCCGCAUGUGCUCGCCACCCGCAAGGCCGAACACGCAUCCGGGGAUGCGACGAUGACGACGGUGAGGCAUGUCCGCGGCGACGACGGGGACCCUUCAUCGCCGUCGGGACGCCAGCCGCGCGAGGAGAGGCUUCGGCUCAUGAUGAUGGAGGUGUACGACUCGAUACAGAAGAAGCGGCACCUCCGCCGCGAGGACGGCGUCCAAGGGCUCAAGCACGAGUUGCAAGAACACCAGAAACAGGCUCUUGCGUUCAUGCUCGAGAGGGAAUCCGGCCACAUCGACUUGGCAUAUCGCCUGUGGCAUCCCGUGAUGGAGGAGGGCCAGGAAUGGUUCCGCCACAAAAUCACCAACAUCAAGCAGAAAAGCCGGCCGGACGAGCGAGGCGGCGGUAUCCUGGCCGACGAGAUGGGCAUGGGCAAGUCCCUGUCCAUCCUCUCGCUGGUCGUGACGACGUUGCAGAACGGCCAGCAGUGGGCUCAACAGGAGGAGCAGAGCAAAGAAAAGAGCCAGGAGCUGUGCUACUCCGGCUCAACCCUGGUCGUUGUGUCGUCUGCUCUCCUCAUCUACGAAUGGAAGAACGAGAUUGCCAAACACGUACAGGGGAAUCUGAACCAGAUCCAAUAUCACGGCCCGAAACGCGAAAAGGACAUUGACAAGAUCAAGAACUCCAACAUCGUCGUGACCACCUACAACACCCUGGCGGCGGAGUACGAGAAGAAGUCGUCCAUCCUGCACAAGAUUGGAUGGUACCGAGUUGUUCUCGACGAAGCCCAUGUCAUCCGCCGCCCGGCCACGACCUUUUUCCACGCCUGCCGAUCCCUCCACGCAAACUCGCGCUGGUGCCUCACGGGGACGCCGAUCCAGAACAAGCUGGCCGACAUCGGCGCCCUCUUCGCCUUCAUCCGCGCCAAGCCCUUUGACGAGCCCGCCAUGUUCCGCCGGUACAUCGAGGUGCCCUUUGAGCAGAACGGCGACGCCAGGAAGAUCAAGGAGCGCCUCAUCCUGCUCCUCGACUCGCUCUGCCUGCGGCGCACCAAGGAGCUCCUCGCGCUGCCCGGGCUCGAGGAGCGCGUCAAGGAGCUCGCCUUCACGCCGGCCGAGCGCGAGCAGUACGACAAGACGAAGCGGAUCCUCAUGCGCACCAUCAAGCAGAAGGUCGGCGAGGUCGAGAAGAGCUCCAAGUUCGGCCUGUUCCAGGCGAACCUGCAGAUGCGCAUCCUGUGCAACCACGGCACGUACCAGAAGCCCUUCUCGUGGUCGCGCCGCAGCCACCGGCUGAGCCGCCUCGAGGAGCGCGAGGCCGCCGUCUCGGCCCUGGGCCGCAACGCCGAGAUCACCUGCGACGGCUGCCACCAGCCCAUGCCCAUCCUCGGCUCGAGCCGGCUGCGCAACGAGGCCGAGGAGCAGUGCGCCCACGUCCUCUGCUCCGAGUGCCUGGAGGAGUCAGACAUGUCGGCGCCGGGGGGUCCGACGAGGAGGCGGCACUGUCCCGUGUGCGAGAACUGGAUGAGGACGGCGGCCAGGUCGCAGCAGGCGGCGGCUUCUCCAGCGGCGGCGUCCCCGUUGAUCCGAGUCGACGGCCCCGGCGGCGUGUCUGGCGACGUGGACAUGGUUGACGCGCCGGCGGCGAAGACGUCGGCGGAUAAAGACGACGAGCUUUACUUCAACCACAUUGGGUAUUCGACCAAGAUGGAAGCCUUGAUCAGGGAUGUCAAGGAGGAUGUCUGGACCACCAAGAGUAUCGUCUUCUCGUGCUGGACGAGGACGCUGCACCUGGUCGGCAUGCACCUCGAGAGGGCCGGCGUCCGGUUCGACAUGAUUGACGGCAACUGUCCGUUGUCGGAGAGGCAGAAGAUCCUCGAGAAGUUCGCCAAGGAGGACGGCGUGCGGGUGCUCAUCAUGACAACCGGCACGGGGGCCUUUGGCCUCAACCUCACCUGCGCCAACCGCGUCUUCAUUGUCGAGCUGCAAUGGAACCCCAGCGUCGAGAACCAGGCCAUCGCCCGCGCCAUCCGGUUCGGCCAGGACCAGAAGGUCCUCGUCACGAGAUAUGUCAUCAAGGGGACGGUCGAAGAGGAGAUGAGAUCACAGCAGAACGUGAAGAAGAGCCUCGCGGCGAUCGGGUUCGACGAACAGGUCUGCGAUGCGGACCAGAUGGACCAGUCGCACGCGUAGAUGGGAUACGACACUGAAUGAUUGCAUGAUUGACAUGGAGUUACGGGAUACUCGCGGCGGCUAGUUUGAGACAGGCACGGAAACGCACAUAAACACUAACACACGCACACACACAUAUAUAGACGGGGGGAGAGAGGUUGGAUUUGUUUUGUGGCAGCGCCCUCGCGAUGCUGGCAUCCUCAUCCUCAUCCUCAUCCUCACGCCACUUUGGCCAUCCAUCCUCGUUUUCGCGAUAGAAGCCGAGUCUGCAAGCUGGGCUUCGACCAGAGACUCUCGUCGCGUUUUGCUAAAUACCCCAAAAUACCAACUCUUUUCUUGCCAUACUGCUCAAGAUUUCAUCCUGCAUAAGCGACUAC